UCCUUAGACCAUGUUGGCUCUGUAAUAUGAACCACACAAGUCAAAUAGUGUCACUCACAGAUAACGCAUCACUUGUGCAAUGUGUGCAAUGUGGCCUCAUUCAGUCACAGGGGGAAUUAUUGUAGGACAAAUGUGAAUGAUAAUAAUUGUUCCUCCUGGAAAAGGCAGCACUGACCAACACUGACAGUUGGAAUAUAGAAGACAGAUUCCUGCUUCAGGGGUCUCAACACUGCAGUGUGUCAGUCGUGUAACGAAAAUAAGGAAAUCAAUGAACAUAAUUUUCCACUCAAUUAGGUGUCAGAAACUCAGAAAAACCUUCAGUACCACCACAGGAAACUGUACCAUUUGAAAAUACAAGAGAAAGACUAAAGACAAGAUGGUUGUGACAGUACACACACUCCUGUCAGUCAAUCUCCACUAUGUUGCUACCUACAUAAAGUCUCAUAAUGAACUGCUUCUGCUUCUGCAGCCGCCCUUCGCCACAAAGAAUUUGGCUGAGUGGUGUUGAACUGAGCUGUGCUGAAUGUGUGUGCAACCCUCUCUACAGGAGACAUUAGAAAAGCACCAAGAGAGUCUCAAGAAGCAAAGGGAAGCUGUGAAAUACAGACUGAAAAAACUGGCAGCACGGCAAUCAGAAAUCACAAAAAAGUCCUUAGUGAUAAGGGAGAGCAUCAUACGGAAAUAUCAAGAGAUCCAGGCCAUCCUGGAUGAGGACAUGAGGAUUACCCUGUCGCACCUGGAGAUGGAGGAGCGAGCUGCUGUCUCUGCCCUGGAUGGGCUGAUGGAAAGGAACUGUGCUCUAAUCCAGGAGAUAGAGCAGGACCUGGCCAGACUCUCUGUGGCACUGGACCAGACAGACAUAGAACCUGACACAAUGUCUUUCUUUUCAUUCUCUGAGCAGCAAGACAUGGAGACAGGGGUCAGAGUGGUGGAUCUGCUUAACAGAACAGACCCGAUCCGUGUGAGUCUGGACGAAGUUAAAGCUGACCAGAUUCUCAGCCUCACCAACAACAUGCUUCUGCUUAUCGGCUCACAAACCCCUAUAAUCAAGACACUCAUCAAGAGUUAUUCCAGUGAGGUGUGUCUGGAUCCACAGACGGCUCACCCAAAGCUGAUCAUCUCCCCCAAAGGUGACAGUGCCACCUACACAGACACCUGGCAGCAACUUCCUGACCUCCCUGGACGCUUUGACACCACCCUUAAUGUCAUCAGCUUGCAAGGCUUCAGCUUUGGUCGCCAUUAUUGGGAGGUUGAUGUAACUGGCAAGACUUACUGGGAGCUGGGUGUCACCUAUCCCACCAUUCCCCGCAAGGGCACCACUGAGGCGUGCUGGCUGGGCCGAGGGGACGAGUCUUGGUGUGUGGAGUUCUUUGAUGGGGAGUAUACAGCAUGGCAUGGAGGGGUGCCUCAUCAGCUGCCUUUCACUAAACGCUUCUGUCGGAUUGGUGUUUUGUGUAAUUUUCCUGCAGGACUGGUGACAUUUCUUGAGGCAGACAACAUGACGCCGCUGUUCUCCUUCUGUGCAGGAACCUUCUCAGACUGCCUCCACCUGGCACUGUGUCCUGGCCAUGACCAUAAUGGCACCAAUUCUAAGCCUAUUGUAAUUUGUAAUGCCCCAUCUCCUACCAGUGAUCUUGGAUUAGUAGCUUCACAGAAAAGCUUUUAGUAAUUCCUCGCUGAGACACUAUUUUCUAAUAAUGAACCACUUACAAAGGUUUAUGACUUGUAACUAAUGGCCUUAUUAAUAAUUAAAGGUCCAGUGUGUGAGAUAUAGGGGAUCUAUCAGCAGAAUAUGGCGGAAAUGGAAUGCAAUAUUCAAAUACAAAAUUCAAUUCAAUUCAAUUUUAUUUAUAUAGUGCCAUCAUUUUAAUAUUUUAGGUAUGUUUUCAUUAGUGUAUAAUCACCUGAAAAUAAUGCUACAUUAAAAUUAUCUAUUUUUAUCUACUGAGGGAACAGGUCCUCUUCCACCGAGUCUCCCAAACCAGCCGAACACCGGGUCUAGAUAGGUCCUUUUGUGUUUUUUUGUCAGCCACUGCAGUGCACGCUUGGAAGGUGAGUAGUAUUCAGUUGGUUGCAAUCACCAACUUCAAUGCAGUAUGCCACUAAAUACUACACACCGGUCCUUUAAACAAGAGUUUACGUACACGCUAGCGGCUCUCUGAGGCUGUACGCAUUAUGGUGCUUCGUGCUGAAUGCUAACAUCAGCAUGAGACAUUGAUAGUGACUACACUGACAAUAUUAAUGUGAUGUUAUAAGCCAUUGUCAAUCA